CACUUUUUAAGAACAAAUAGAUAUAGACAAAGUAUUUCGAGUUUGUAAAUAAAAAACAGCACGAUUGUACGUACUUCUCAUGGGAAACACCGAUUUCAAUUUGUUCGAUUAAUACUUAUCGUAUCUUUAUUUUUUUUAUAUGAGUAAAAUUGAUAUUUAGAGGUAUUACAACAAAGUAUAAAAGUGUUUACUUAUAAAUUUGAUGUAAGAGAGAAUGGGGCAUUCCGUGAUUGCUCAUAGCUGAUAGAACGUACAAAUGUAAGUAUAUGAUAAUAAUCUUGCGUGCUUUCGGCGUAUUGUCCCAAGCUCGAGCAUUUUAAAGAUAUUCUCGAAUCACAAAAUUCUAAAAGAUUUAUUUCACAUGUUUUUUGGUAAAGCAACGUCAUAUUCCACACAGGUAUGGCAAUGUCGCGCCAGAUAGGAUUAAAAAUCUAACAAUCGUCGAUCAUCGCACAUGCCAUUUGAAAACAAUAAACUAAACGUAGAAAAAUUUUUUUUUCUUAUAUUCUUCAAAUACACAAUAUGAAGUCGCACGAUUUCGGUAGCAAAGCCACAGCAGCAAGUCCAACCAAUUAAUCUGCCUCGCGCAUGGUGAAAGAAAAAAAAAAUCACAGUGACGAAGAACUGACCAACCGAAACUCCACGUCGCCGAGCCUGGCCUGUUGCAGAGAACGAGCGCGUCAGGGGAGAGGAGGGAGUUCGCCGGCGUUGAAGCGUGUGAUUUUCAGAUUACAUAUAUUCCCGCGCCGUUGCCACGACUCGCCAGUCAACUUCACGCUUCCCGGUGCAAGGAAGGACUCACUCGUGUUUGCAAACACUUGCAACAUUUCAAAGUGUCUAGCUCGUGUACAUUUGCCGGUACAGUGAACGUUCAAAUUGCUCGACUGUCGAGCACACCAAAACACUUAUCUUUUGUGCUUAAGUUCUUGGCAGCGACGAGGCGUGGCGCGCCUCUCUUGCAGCGUAAAUGAAGAUGGCACAUUUUGUGGCUAUGUGCGUAGUGUGUUUAUUUUGUGCAACACACACACCAUGUCUGGCUCAUAUGAAAAUGUCACAAAUGGUGCAAAAAACAACACCUCCUAGUAAGGAAUAUUCUACAGAUUCAUCUGAUGACAGUGAACAUUUCUUAGACAAUCGGAUAAAAAAUGAAGUGUCUGAGUGGUCAAAAAAAAUCUAUAACAGAACUGAUAAUCUACUUCAUAAAGUGCCUCAUAAUAGUAUCGAAAAAUCCAACAGUGAUAGUGUAGAACUUGACUUAGAACAUAUUAAAAAGCUCCAAGAGCCCAGAAGACAAGAAUUACUCGAAAGGCUAGGUCAGAACGACUUACAGGCAAUGAACGCGAAAAGUGCGAAAAAUGCCAAAAAUUCACGUGCUAAACGGAGCACAGAAUUCAAUGAGAAGUACUUCACUAUGAAACUGUUCCAACAAUAUGGCAAUGGCGAGCACAUGACAAUGGAGGGCUUUGAGAAGCUAUUAAAAAAAAUAGGUCUAUUCCAGUUGGAAAGCAGAGUCAGUGAGCAGGAGAGUCACAGCAUCAACAGCAAUCAAUCAGGAAGUAGAUUAGAUGUAACGAUGUUACAUAAAAUUGCAGCCAACAUCAAGGAAUCUCACGUACGAAAGGGUGUUGAUGACCAGCGGUGCUUGAACAACAGGGAACUGCUGAGUAGUCUGUCGGGUGACAAGGUUUAUACGAACGGUAGUAGCACGAAGGAGCUACCAAGCUGGCUGUUCGAACGAGUCUGCCCAGCACUGAUUUAUCAACUGGUCGAGCAGACAACUUCUGGUUGUAUACAGGUCGACGACAUAACCGUCAUCAAUCACGGUAAUGUCGGUACCGCAAUGGAAAGCAGCAACGAUAGGACGCGCAACAUGUUUCAAGUAUGGGUAUACUCGACGGUCAGCAUACUCAUUAUAAGUCUAUGUGGACUUCUGGGAGUUGCAGUAAUCCCGAUGAUGAGUAAAAGCUAUUACCACCAGCUGCUACAAUUUCUUGUGGCACUAGCUGUUGGUACGCUUUGUGGUGAUGCUCUCAUACACUUGUUACCUCACGCCAUGAUGUCGCAUCAUAGUCAUUCGCACGAUAAUAGUCACACGCAUUUAUCAGUAAGUCAUAGUCAAGAUGAGCACAACACGAACAUGUGGAAAGGUUUUGUAGCGAUGAUAGGUUUAGUUAUAUUUUUCUUUACGGAAAAAGUAUUAAAUAUUAUAUCUGAAUGGAGGAGGUAUAAUCAGAGCCGAAGUAAAGUGAGUGUUGUUGUGCCCAACCGCGCUCGAGUCAUAAGAGAGUCCGAUGCGGGUAACAGCAAUACCGUCGGUGAAAAGUUGUGCAAACAUAAAUAUUCUACGUCUUAUCCGUAUUGUUAUGGAGAAAUCGCAACUGAAACUCAAGAUAAUCUUCAUCAACAUAAUCAUCACGAAAAGCCACAGAGUAUUGAUGAGGAAAAGCCUUUAACUUGCAAUGCGACAAAUUGUAAUUCGGUUUCGAACAAAAUAAUGUCAAACGAUAUGGAGAAGAAAGGUAAUGAGGAUUGGAAGCUUGAUGAUACUGUGAUCAACGAUACGAAAAAAGCUGUUGAUGGUUCCGAUAUACCAUUGAACGAAGCAGAAAGUUAUACUGUGAUUAUUAGGGAGCAUGAGGGUAAACAUCAUGGCCACAGUCAUGGACAUAGCCACGUUCAUUCUACCCCAGAUUCAAUGUCAAGUGUAGCGUGGAUGGUUGUGAUGGGUGAUGGUUUGCACAAUUUUACAGAUGGCAUGGCUAUAGGUGCUGCUUUUUCGGCAAAUAUUGCUGGAGGUUUUUCCACGACCAUUGCUGUAUUUUGCCACGAAUUACCUCACGAAUUAGGUGAUUUUGCAGUUCUAUUAAAAGCGGGCAUGAGUGCCAAACAAGCUAUUUUCUAUAAUCUGUUAUCUUCAAUACUCUGUCUGUUCGGUAUGGUAUUUGGAGUAUUACUCGGUGCUACCCCAGCUGCAAGCAGUUGGAUGUUUGCUGCUGCAGCUGGAAUGUUUAUAUAUAUAGCUCUUGUGGAUAUGAUUCCUGAACUGUCUUCUAACCACUCGAUUUUGGAUGGUGCACACUGGCAAAUUCUCUUGCAAGCAGGAGGCCUAAUAACUGGUUUCGGUAUCAUGUUAGUGAUUGCGCUUUAUGAACCCGAUCUCCAAACGUUAUUUGACAGUUAAAUCCAACAAGUCUGACUUUACUUACAUAAUUAAGUAAUAUAUAAGUCAAAUUAUCAAUGUAAUACUACGGUCAAUUCGAAGCCUAAAAAGUUCAAUUACAAUUGGAGUGAGAGUUUGAAUUUUUGGUUUGGAUGACUAGAACUAGUAAUGUGCGGUUUGAGAAACAUUAAUAAUUUUCAUUUUGUGCAUAUGCGUGCGAUUACUAUCGAAAUAAAUAGGAUAGUGUAUACUACAAUCGCGAAUAGAUUUAGUAUAAAAUUGCGCAGCUUGCAUUUUAAGCUUAAUUAAAUUUUAGGGUUGCGAAUCAAUCAUGUGAAAUCCAGUAAGUUUUAGUAAGCGUGGAAAAAUUAAGAAUUGAAAAAUUUAUAAUAGAAAAAUCCGUUUAUAUUGCAUUUCAAAUCAUUUAUUUUUAGACAACGAGAGAAGAAAUUAGUUUGUUUGGAUAUUGAAAUAAUGAUUUUUUUGUUAUUUGAAUGCAUUGAAACUGAUCAAUGGACAUGUUUUAGAAACAUAAGAAUUUUUAUUCAUUGUCAUUAAUCAAUUUAUUUAUUGUCAUAAAAUUUGUUUAUUUUCCUGGAAAAAAUCAUUGUUAUAUAUUGAAUUUGAGAAUUAGGUUAAUUUUUUUAAAAGUAAUUAUAACUUUGGAAAACAGUUUUAAGCUUUAGAAUGGGAACAAUUACGAACAUCACACGCAGAAAGUUUAGAAACAAGUUUGCAGUAUUGAAUUUUCAUUAUUAAUAUUUAAGUGAAAUCAAGCUCAGUUUGAAUGAGUUGGCAUAUUGUUUUUUUAGUUAUUGUUAGUAGCUCUCUAAUUGUAAAUCGUAGAAUUCCAAACAAAUAUAAACACUAAAUAAGGAAUUUGACAACCUAGUGAAUUUAUUUGACAUCACUAAUAUUCAGAAUUCAGAUGAACAAUUCAUGCAUUAAAUUAUUAAUUACCAUAUGUAAUAUGAAAAUUCUGCUGUACUUCAAUGAAUUCUAAACUACGAAUGAAAUAGUACAUUACGAUACAAGUGCGGGAAAUUAGAUUCUUGUCUGGUUUAGCGUUUGGAAUGUAUGAAUGGAAAGGUACACGAAACGAGAAACUCUUUCCCGAACAUGUGCCGUACCGUAUUUUUUUAUACGACGUGUGGAAAGUGUGAUUUUCAACGCACGUUUUCUACCGAGCGUGCGGGAAAGACGCACUUUGCGCACGGAGUAUUGAAAAUAUUUUUUUGUAAUCCUGACUUAAUAGUUUUAAUUGAAUGUCAAAUAGUAAUCAGUAUAGUAACGUUAAAAUCAAUCAAACAUGAAGAAAUGAUGAGCAUACUUAUUACUGUAAGGCAAAGAGUUUAAAUGGCACUGUUUUUUUAUUAUUAUAUCAUUUAAAUUUAUUCUUUUUAAUAAGCAUGUACAAAAUGUGAAAAACAGUUUUGCUUAUUUUCAAAUAUAUAUAAAUAAAAUCGAUAUCAAUUGUUGGUUUUCAGCAUAUAAAAGUGAAUCAAAGAAUAUGAUUUCAAUCUCUAGACUAGUUUUUUUAAAUACAUCGUUACUAACCAUUUGAACACUUUUCCGUACACUUAAAAAAUGUAAUAAAAAAAUUCAUUACGAAAGUUAUGAAAGUGAAAUAUUUACAGAACACUUGUGUAACAUUAAGUAAUUUUAACUGACGUUCCUGCUAAAUACAACUAUUCAAUAUAACGCAGAAUAUUGUUAGUUAAAAGUUAAAUGGAUUAAGUUAACAGCAAUAAUAGCGCUCAAUCGCUGUAAAGUAUGAACAAGCACUCAACUUAUUUUCUGGCUAUUCAGCAUUGUUAUGUAAUGAUUAUGUAUAUGAUUUAUGUGAUCAAAUUUGUUCACAUUGAAAACCACAUAAUUGUACAUAAGUAUAUGAAUAUUUUCGGUAUACUUAUAAAAAGAUUGAAUGACUACUGUCAUGUCUAUAUUUUAUAAUAAAAAAAAAAAUGCGUGACAACAAAUAAGACGUUCAAAAAAUCUAUUGACAUAACGAAUAAAUUUUAGAGUUGUAAUUAUAUCCCUUACUUUUUCAUAGUCGACUG